AUGGCCGAAUUCUUCCCCUCUCUUCCUCACAUUGAGAACUGCCAGAAGCGCAUACGAGCCUACGUCAGCGGUGUUGGCAUAGUGGACACAAAGAAGGCGAAGCUAGUUUGGCUAGAUCGCUACUAUCCGCAUUACUAUUUCAUACGAGAGGACCUGCCAGUGCACUGGUAUCUCCACAUUGCAAGCAGCAACGAUGACGAAGAGGUGUAUCAUAUCGGGGCAGGAGGGAUGAACGACCGAGUCCUCAACUCCGUCAAGGUCCAUUUGACCGGCCCGUUGAAAGGACUCGGAACUAUCCGAUGGAACGCGAUGGACGCCUGGUUCGAAGAGGAUGAACAGAUAUUUAUCCAUCCGAAGGAUCCGUACAAGCGCAUCGACGUACUCCAAUCCUCGAGGCACGUUCGCAUUGAGGUCGGCGGCCUCGAGGUAGCUGAUACUCGAUCACCACGUUUAUUAUUCGAGACCGGCCUGCCAAUGCGCAUCUACAUUCCGAAGACAGACUGCAGAAUGGAUCUCUGGGAGCCUUCCGACCUUAUCACGGGAUGUCCUUACAAGGGCGAAGCAAGGUAUUACAAUCUAGUGACCUCCGACGGGACCCGACGCGACAAUUUGAUCUGGUGGUACCCCAACACCACCCCGGAGUGUGCAGCGAUCCGGGGAUAUGUGGCUUUCUUCGACGAGAAGGUGGACGUCUGGAUCGACGGGGAGAAGCAACAGCGGCCGGCGACCAAGUGGUCUUCUCCGUCCCCGCCUGCAAGUUCCCCAGUACAGAAAAUGGAAGAUUGA